GAUACUCGAAAAACAUCCGUGCGUCGAUUUUACGUCAAAUUAUCGCCUCUUGAAGAUCCAAGGUGACGGCUGCCCGGCCAAGCCUAACCGAACGGGAGCGAUCACAGCGUCGGCGGCUAGCCGCCCGCUGUAGCCGAGAGAUAUCUGUUGAGAGAUAAUCCUUGGCAAGGCCAAAAUGGACUCCAUCAAAACCGCCCUGGUCGACGCAGACCCUGAAAACACCCAAACCUCCGAAAGAAUGGAAAUCAACGCCGCAAUCGAAGGUGAAAGCAACGAUACUGACGGCAAUGGGGGAGACUGGUUUACGGUUGCCCGUAAACGCCGACGCGAUGCCAGCCAUCCAACAACUACGACGGGAGAAUCCAAACCACACCGCGCUCCCAAUCAGGCACACGAACGAAAACCACGACUCCCACCACUUCCACCGUCUGACUACAAGAUCGUCUUCCGUCCACGAGACGGCCUCGACUUCAGCAAAUGGCAAUCGCAUCGCGUCGCCCGAGCGGUGCGUCAGGCUGCCCACAUUACUGCAACCGAAUCUGAUGCACUCACACUGAGAAUCCGCAACGAACAGAACCUGGCAGUGGCAAGCAUGCCAAAGGAGGAGCUGGCGGAACGCAUCAGACGGAUCACUAUCCUUCAACUUGGUGGGAAGGAGUACCAAGUAUACGCAUACGUGGCAGCCCCCGACAUGUCCUGCAAGGGAGUUGCCACUGGGAUCGACAGUGAAACUCACCCGGACGAACUAAUGGCUAAUCUACGCUCCCCGCAAGCACCGAUUCUCUUCGCACGCAUGCUCGGAAAGUCGACGGCUGCUCUCAUCACCUUCGACGGGCUGGAAGUCCCAAGAACAAUUUAUUAUUAUGGUGGAGAGCUCCUAUGCCGACCCUACCGACCGCUGUCUCAGGUAUGCAGCAUAUGCCUGAAAACCGGGCACAGGGCGAACAUCUGUCCCACGCCGGAGAGUGCCCGGUGCAAAAACUGCGGACACGAAAACCCAUCGGAGGACCACCAAUGUCAACCGAAGUGUGUGCUGUGUGAAGGCGAUCACCCAGUUACGGACCCAAGCUGUCCAGCCAGGCAGCGCAAGCCCUUCAACAAAUCACAUUUCUUACGUAACGCCGGCUACACCAGUGACGCCAACAACGUUCCCACCACCACCAACCCUGGGACUAGCACCAAUCAACCAAAAACUCCCGGGUCAAAAUCGCCGCCAGCUUCCACGGAGACGAACGUAGACAGAGGCCGAUCACCCCGAAGAUCAACGGACUCAAAGAAACGAGAUAAAUCCAGGGACGCAUCCGCAUCCAGAUCACAAAGCCUACCACGUACAAAGACACCCCGACAUGAACGGCAUGAAGCAGCUACAAACGAGCAAGGGGCGGAAUCACGGUCAACCAUCGACAUGCUGGAGAAGAGCGAGAGGAAAGCGCUCACGAAGGGCCCUGGUACGAAUCCGCCGAAGGUGAGCUGGGCUGAGCGGCUUUCAAAUCCUUCCCCCUUACCUUCUCCCACUGCCACUAAUUUUCCACCCCUUACAACAUGCACACACAAUACUCAUACAGGGCAGGUGCCUCUCACAAAUAACUUCACUACCAACGCCCAGGUGCAGGAAAUGAUUAAUGACAUAGCCCGAACGCUUAGGCAAGAGAUGCGAACAUUAGUAAACGAAAUGGCAAUCACUCUUCGACAGGAAUUACACCAGUUAAAACACGAGUUUCAACAAGAUAGAGAGCGCCUGAGCAACGAAAUGCAACGGGACAGACAGGAACUCAAGGAGAGUUUAUCGCAAGAUAGGCUGGAAAUAAAAGAAGAAAUCAAAACCACCCUGCAACAGAUGUUCAUUGAGCUAACCCAAGAAUUUAGACACCAAAUUCGUGACGAAGUUACUCAGACGGUCGUCCACAACGCCACCCCCAACCGCACCCGUGUUAGUCCGCUCGAGGCAAGAGAAGAUAUCCGGGCGCAUCCUUACGCACGCCCUUCAUCUCAGGCCAGCUUACAAUAA